AUGCUGUGUCGAUUUUUAUGGAUCCAAGUUUUUUUUUGGCUCUCAACUUAUUUUGUGAAAAAUGGGGACGCCUAUCUUCCCGGAAUGAGCCCUACAGCAUAUAAAGAAGGGGACAAUGUUGUUAUUAAUAUAAAAAAUUUAUCUAGUAGGAGAGCAGUUACAAGUUUAAAUUAUUUUUCAUAUCCUUUAUGUUCUUCAAAUAAUAACAAAAAAGGGGAAAGGACACCAAAUAUUUUUAAAAUAAUUUCAGGAGAUAUAUUAUAUAACUCAUUUAUAGAAACAAAAUUUAAAAAAAAUAAAACAUGUGCUAAUUAUUGUGAAGUACUAAUAAAUGAUGAUGUAUAUAAUAAAUAUAAAUAUUUAAUUCUAUACAACUACAAUAUUAUUUAUAAUACUGACAAUAUGGAUAUAUUUCGAGAAGACACAAAGAGGAAAGGCCUAUAUUACUCUGGAGUUCCAAUCGGAUUCAUAAAAGAUGGUCAAUACCAUCUCUACAAUUAUUACAAAAUAAAAAUUUUGUAUAACAGUGCAAAACCAAACUCAGAUUCUCACUAUAUAGUUGGGUUUGAAGUAAAUCCUGUGAGCCAUGACUUCACAGACAAUGAUACAUGUACUAAUAACGAGACAAGUUUUAUAAUGGAAAAAAAUAAAAAAGUUAUAUUUAAAUAUGAUAUAAUAUAUGAAAAAAGUGAUAAUUCCUAUCAACAUAGAUCAGAACAUUAUUAUAGAAAUUUAAAUGAUCAAAGUAUGAUACAUUGGUUUUCAAUUAUUAAUAGCAUAAUUUUAAUUGUCUUAUUGUCUGGAUUUAUAAGUACAAUUUUAAUUAAGACAUUACAUAAAGAUAUAAAUAAAUAUAACAGAAUAAAUACAAACAUAUUUGAAACAGAUGAUUUAGAUGAUAGAGGAUGGAAAUUAGUUCAUGGUGAUGUAUUUAGAAAACCAAGAAAUUCAACAUUUUUUUCAGCAUUUAUUGGGGUUGGUAUACAAUUAAUAUUUAUGAUUAUUGUUUGUGCUAUUAUAUCUUUUAUAGGAAUAUAUAAAUAUAAACAAAGAUAUAGAUAUGUACAGAUAAUGUUUUUUAUAUGGAUAUUUAUUAGUAGUAUAUCUGGUUAUGCAUCAUCAAGAUUAUAUAAAUUAUUCAGAAGUAAACAUGUCAAACUUACUGUUCUAAGAACAUCAAUGAUAUAUCCAUUUAUAUUAUUUCUUAUAUUUUUUCUUAUCAAUAUUGUAUUAAAAUAUGAAAAUUCUAACACUGCAAUAUCUUUUAGUUCUUUAAUAUCUGUUUGUAUAUUAUGGUUUGGUAUAUCAAUCCCUUUAAUAUGCCUUGGCUCAUAUAUUGGAAAUAAAAAAAAACCAACUGAAUUACCUGUCCGUGUUAAUAAUAUCCCAAGACAUAUUCCAAAGCAGCCCCUUUUGAAUUCCUUUUUUGUUUCCUCUAUCCUCGACGAUGUACACCGAGCUUUUCUUCCUCUUCACUUCCCUAUGGAAAAGAAACAUGUAUUACUUAGUCGGUUUCCUAUUUUUAGUGAUAUUUUUGUUGGGACUAUUAAGUGCCCAAUUGUCGAUAGCCAUAACAUACUAUACACUAUCAUGUGA